AUGCCGAGCCAACAGCAACGGAUGCAACAAAUGUUCGGCACACACAGCUGGUUGGGAUGGAGGAGCCAGAAAUGCCUACACAGACCAGCGGUCAUCUCAGCACUCUGCGGCGCUCCGGUUGAAGGCCAUCUGGUUCAUUGGUUCCAGGAUGGCCACAGCUGUGGCAGUCGUUGUUCUGGACCAACGAAGUCGCGCUCGCGAAGCGCAUGCGGGGCGCAGUCCCAACAUGCCGAACGCAGCCUCACUCACCGUGAUGGGCAGCAGGGCCGGCAAUAUUCUGGCCGUGAGAUGCUCCAUGAAAGAGGAUGUGAGUUCAGUGGUCCGCUCUCGCCCCAGGCGAGCUCCGUGCAGCGGUCCAAGGUGGAUCCUGCCAAGUUCGUGACGAAGGGUCAAGCUAAGGAACGCAGGACGCAGAACUCCGAAAUGGUUGGGAGCGGUCGCUCCGUGCACAACGGUUUUUCUACGCACGCUGUGGACAAAUAUGUCCAACACGCGCCGCAUGCCGACAAGAGCCAUCUGCAGAAGUUGGGAAGCAGUGGCUGGACCCAUGAUGGAUUCGACCAGAGAUACGGGACGUUUCAGGAUACCCAACACGUGCGCCAACAAGAGAUGCCAAUAACUCGAACGGACGGGCUGAUGCCAGAUUUGCGACAGAUGCCCCGUGCUGUUUGCCCAACACCUUACGCCCUAGGCUCUGUUUGUGGUCGUGGAGAGCGUGAGCUGCCGGGCUGGAGGAGCAUCAAGGACAGCAAGGAAAUCCUCGGAAAUUGCGCAGAGAUCCUCAAUUCAACGUGCAAGUACAUCUUCGACGUGCUUUCAGGUACGGAAGGUUGGAGCGGGUCCCUGAAGAUUCUCUCGGCGGCUGAUGGCUGUGCUGACGACAUGCUGCAAGAAGCGCAGGCCAGAUAUGUGCCAACAAGUGUCAUGCUUGCGCAUGCCUUUGCCUCCUCGGCUGGAGCCUGGUCCGACUACAGGACAAAGAUCCGGGUGUAUGGGGGAGAUGUGCGGAAUCCUGUGACACCGUUUUGGCAGCCGCAAGCAUUGCCGUGGCAGCUACCAGUGUACCUUGAUCACCGCUUCAUAUUCCUCGACAACACACAGGACUUUGGCUCACAACUCUACAGCCACGGCCAAUGUGAGGUUGGCCAGCUCUUCGACGUGGUGCUGCUGCGGCAGGGCUUGUGCUUCUGCGAUGAUCCAUCAAAGACAUCGACAGCGUGGCCGCUGGAAGUAAGCCUGUCCUGCACCUCCUGUGAGAACUGCCGGGCCGCUUUGAGCUCCGAGCAGCUGCAGGCCCAGGAGCCUGCCGUUGUUCGUGUCACUGCCAUUUGCGGUGUGUAUCGUCUGGAGCCUUUCCUUUGCGAGAAUCGGCCUGCCUACCGCUUGGGACGUUGUGUGCUGCGGUGGUGUCCUGAUCGACUGGAGUGGGCCGUCUUGGAUGACGCAGAUGGUGGAGCUUGGGCUUUUGCUCGCGGGGACCUGGGACACCCAACCCUUUCACGGGGGCCCUGGACAGUGUGGGAUGGCCAAAACCACGUGGCGGACGCAAGCUUCGCAUGCAAUUUGGUGCAGCCUUCUGCAUCGCCACCGUGGCAUCUCUUACCCACGCAGCGAAUGGUCUGCGCGGGCGUGACCGGAGAUGUUGAAAGCAUCAUCCGGUUCCUGCAUCGGAUUGCAGCAAUCCUGGAUACUUCUAGACCAGAUUCGUUUGGAUUGCUUCACGGUGCCUGGACAAAUGGCACGCAGGUGGAAGUGGAGCAGUUGCACCGACAGCUCAUGGAGGCCGCGCAGGUUUACAAUGACCGCCGGAGGGCGGCAGGAGGCUUGCCACUUCAUGCGGCUUGCGUUCUUUGGCGCACGGCAGCGACACAGUAUUGGUUGCAGUGCGAUGGCAUUGUCCUCUUCCAGCCUGGCAGUGCAGCGGAUCCAUACAGGGCCUAUGGUGCAGCUCCUAUCCUCUGA